AACGUAGGCGCGCCCUUCCUUUUAACUUUGAUUUUGCGUUAGAGGGGUUUCCGCGCGUUGGGGCUGCAUUAUAUGCUAUACUAUACUAUACCUCUCCGUGGUAGUCUUUUCCCCUAGCUGGGCGACUCGCCGCGGAUCGAUGCGCGCAUGUUCGCCCUGUUGUGGCUCCCGGGUGAAUUUGCCCCAAUUUUUACCGCCUUCACCGCGUCGCAGCUCCCCCCCCAGUUGGUGCUUCCCCUUCUAGUGUCAGCGUGAGCGUCCAUUUGAAGGCGUCUCCUAGAGGGCAUCGCACAUACGCAUUUUCCACCGCGUGAGGUGCUGCUUCUAACUUAUAGCUACCGCUGCAGCGGAGAGUGCUUCUUAAAGGUUGCCCCCCCUGUGAAACAUGGCGGUGCUGCUGCUUUUACUCCUGCUGGGGCUGGCGGCGCCCCUGGCGAGGAGCACCAACCAGUACAGCAUCAAGCACACAGGAGAUUUGGUGCUGACAAAUCAGCUGAACAGUUUGGUAAACGCAAGAGUGGUCCCAAACGAAAAGACAUUCGGGUUGGAAGUAAACAAGGUGAUAAACUUCCCAGUGAAUUGCAUCCCCCAUAGUGCUGUCGAUUACAACGCAGGGAGGAAGAAGAAGCCAAUCUAUUUCGUCAAGCAUGAAUUUAAAAGCUCGCUACAUCUAUAUAAAAAUAAUGUAAAUCUGAUGGCGUUAAAUUUCCCAGACAAAUUCUACAUAGUGGGUAUAGCGGCUAAUAAUGGGUUCAUCCUGAUGAUCACAGAUGUAGACCUGUACAAAAUAGAUUUGAAAAAGAAAAAGAUAUCCGUGCUGAAUGUAAUUUCGCAGAAACAUGCCAAUAUAAUGAACAACAAGGAGAUGUUCUUCACAGGUGUCGUUGCGGACUCAAAGGAGAAUCACUUCUUCAUCAUUUCUGCCAUUAAGCAGAAUUAUUUUAUUCUGCACGUGAAGUAUAAUGAGGAGAACGAUUACGUAGAAGUGAUCAACGUGAUUGAGACGGUUAAUGGGAAACAGCUGAGAGUGCUCAACGGGUUGACUGUGGUGGAUGACCGCUUGUUCAUCACGGAAAACGCGGAGAGCGUCUUCAGAUUGACCCUAAACAGGAGCAAUAACUCUGUGCAAGCGAAGAAGUUGCAUACCUUUUCGAGUGGAGAUAAGAUAAUCGGUCUGAGUGUCAAUGUGAUGCCUGACCAGGAAGAUCCCAACAGCACGAGAGACUACCUCAUUGUGAAUGUAAAGCAUGUGGCGAAUGAUAAGCCCUCAUCAGAAGGGAAGCUUUUCCUCAUGAGUGUGAAGAAGGAUGAUUCGGUUGACGUCUAUACAGUGCUGGACCUGUACAGCAAAGAUUUAAAUUCCCUCUAUUUCACCAUCUACGAUGCGCAUCUCGUAACUGAGGGGGAGGAAUACGAAAGGGGGUCCCUUACAAAGGAGCUUAACAACAAUAAGGCCAAGUUUCUAAAUUUGGACAGUGCCACCACGAGCAAUGCCACCACAGAUAGUGAGGCGGAGAAGGCAGAAAAGAAAAGAAAGGAGGAGGACGCCAAGUAUAAGCUAACCCUCUUAUGGACCAACAGUUACAACUGUACUGUUAACAAAGGAGUGAUCGAUUUGAGGAAUGUAAAAACGGUGGGUUCGGGUAAAGAGGGGAAGAUGAUGCCCUUUGUUAGUGUCACCAAUCAGUACGCUUUAGCUCCCCAUGUUACUUCUGCAAGUAGCUGCUCGGGAAAGGAAAGGCUAUUUAAGGACAUGUGCUACUACGAUGCUGUGAAUAACUACGUGAGUGUUCUUAACAAAGCGGAUGAGUACAAUGAGCACUACAGUGGCAACUUCCUUUUCGAUGGGCUCAAAGAUUUUAUUGCUUUUGAUUAUAAGUCCCAUAUGGACGUCCACGUGUUGACCUACCCCCUGAACAACACCGUCUAUGUGCAUGUAGAAAAAACGAAUCUGACCAUUAACUUGCCAAAGCCCUUCGGAUUAUGCAUGGACACCUACAACAGCACAGAAAACAACGUCAUCGUGUACAUUACGGGAAACGACGAUGCGCAGAAUUACGUCAACAGGUGCGUUAUUAAGAAGGCAGAGCAGUCCUACCAGUGCUACAAUGUAUAUAGGAAGAAGAACGAGUCGAAUGAGUACUUCCAGCACCUGUCCUUUAUAACGUUCGAGGAGAGCAGCGGUAACAGAAUGAACUACAUCUACGUGACGAACAAUAAGACAAAUAUUUACAAAUUGACCAAGCAGAAUGAGAAGUGGAUAUUUGAGGAAUGGCUCAACUUGGAUGAUCCGAACCAGCGGGUUGGUCCCAUAACUACCUCGGUGAACUACUUUUUUGCAAAAAAAAACGUCAUCGAUAACUUCGUGCGCAAGUACCCGCAGUCGAAGCUGCUCGCCAAGUUCCAGCAGCCCAAGGAGGAAGACCUGCACAUAACGGAGGACGGCUACAUCUUCCUCACCACGUCCCACACCAUCAUCUUCGUGUCGAACAACGACUCCUACGGCCAGGACAGCGGCGCCAGCAUCCACUUCUACACCUCCAUACUGAAGGAGAAGUACUACCAGUCCUUCGCCGUCGACAGCAUAGUCUUCAACAUCGAGAACAGCUCCAGGUUUAGCUACUACCUGGACCAGUGA